AUGUUUAAGAUAGAGAAAGCAAGCAAGGAAGAAAGGAUAACUUGGAGAGAAUAUGCUGGUUCUGUUAUAUGUAGUUUGCAUGAGUAUCAAUGCAAGGCUAGGCUAACUGCAUUGACAAAAAGACUUGGACUUGUUGAUCCACCAGAUAAUCCAGACAAUAAGCUAAUAAAAUACAAGUGGGAUGAUCCUCAUGUAGUUCCUGCUGAUAUGACUCCUGAAGUUGCUGAGCUAUUUACUCGAGAAUUGACCAGGUACAUUGAAGAGACAGAAGAACUUGCUAUUAAGGGUCUGAAGGAUAAUCGGCUGAUAUUGGACAUGAUUGCCAAAGAACUGCUAGAGAGGUCGAGGAUAACAGGAUUGGAAAAAAAUAUAUUAGCUGGGGUGCCAAGAAGGAAGCACAAACUAUGCUUGGAAGUUGAAGAAAGAAUGAAAGGACUGUCUCCUAUUAUGUUUGAAGAUUUUGUUAAACCUUUCCAGAUCUCGAUAGAGGCUGGCAUGAUAGGGAAGCAGGCCCUUCCUACUUCAAUCCAGAGGUUUUAG